CGUUAAGCCUAGCUCCUACCCAGAUUUAACUAUAGAAAUCUAAUCGCCAUCCUCCAAAAGUUCCCCCAUCUGCAGCAGCCUGAUCGACGCCAAGAGGAGGGAGGGGCGGGCCGCGAACCGCAAUAAAUCCACCCACGUUAACCUCAAAAAGAGGCCUGUGCUUAUCAAUCUCAUUCCCCCGAGUCCCAACCAUUAAAGAUCUGCCUCGUACAGUCUGUCCAGCCCUAUAGCGAUGAGGAAAGCCCUCGGGACGUUAUAUUAGCGCCUACCAAUUGCUCACGCUAUCCGGGUAUUUGACUACCAUGUCGCCGCCACAGCCCGGCGGCGGUAUCUCGCCUACCUCCCGGAGGAAACAGAUCCCUGGCACCCUCGUACUGAACUGGCAAUCGCCCGAGACACAGGCAUCAAAGCCGCUCAUUCGCCGGCCCAUGACGGCGUGUGAGGCGUGUCGCACCGCUAAGGUCAAGUGCAACGGACAGCGAAGCUGUGAGCGAUGUAGAACUCGCGGUCUCCAUUGCACAUACACUCCGCCACCGAAUACGCAGGAUGGAAACAGAAGUGGCAAUGCUGGGACUGAAAGAGUGACAACGACUUCUCCGCCGGACAGCCAGACAUCCCGUACCCAAAGUAUACCGAUGCCUGCAAGCCAGACGACCCUAGACCCAAUGCCGAUCGACUUACCAGGCGAUUUCUUUUCCCUGCCCGGUGGCAGCGCAGGCGCUGCUCAAUCCAUCCUGACGGGCAAUGCUCUAGAGUACUGGCGUGAGGAAACAUUCAACCAGGAACUUGAGCAGUUCAACUGGGUUUUCCCGGAACCAGACAUCGGUCUUGAUCCCUCUCAGGACCCAAGCCAAAACAACUUCGACUUCUUUCCCCAACCCCCAGAACCAGCCCCUCGAACAGUCAGUAGAACCUCAGCACCACUGUCUGAUCCCACAGCCACAUCAGCCCACAGUCAACCCCAAUCACGAAACUGCCAUUGCCGAGCAAACAUGAUGCAUCACAUCCCCAAGAUCGAGUGCGCAAUACAAGAGAAGCCCAAACCGCAACUAGACAAGAUGUUCAAGGUGGCCGGCGACGUAAUUAGGAGCUGUCAAGAAUCGACCCGCUGUGGCUGUUACGUGGGCCCCGUAGACCUCGUCUGCAUUAUGAGCGUAUUCGAGCAGACCGCCGUCUGCUUUGACUACAUUGCCAAGUCCGGUUCCGAUGGCACCGUCAAGGUAGGGAUCGGUAACUACUGCGUCUCGCUCACCGACGAUGCCUCGUUGAAACGUAUGCUGGUUUUGGAUCUCGUCCGACAGGCUGAUGCUCUGCUGGACUCCGUGAGCGUCCUCGCGCAGAAUAUAUUUGUGUCUUUGAAUGAGCCCAGUGCCAAAACCAUGAACCGUUCGCCGGCUUGCUUGAACCAGCUCAAUCUAGAUUACGUACGCGAGGCCACGGCCAGUUUUAAAAAGCUUUUCCGCUUGAUCACGGAGUACUUUGGUGGGAAAGACUCUGAUGUGCGGGGGACGUCGUACCGCGCUGAAUAACGUAGGCGUCAUUCGGGAAAUAGGAAUAUAAUGAUUCAUGACAGAGAUUGGAUAGCUUAGACGUACAAGUCCGCA